UACAAGAUGGCGGAGAGUGCGGAACUGAAGCAAAUGGUGAUGAGCCUUCGUGUUUCAGAGCUACAAGUGUUACUAGGCUACGCAGGACGCAACAAACACGGCCGCAAACACGAACUGUUGACCAAAGCCCUGCAUCUCCUUAAGGCCGGCUGCAGCCCCGCUGUCCAGAUGAAGGUGAAGGAGCUGUACAGACGCCGCUUCCCCACCAAGAUGGUGUCUCCGGUGGACCUGGCCCUGCCCAGUGUCCACUCCACCCUGUCUGGGGGCCUCACCUCGCUGGGGUUUGACAGCCACGGGUCCCCCUCGCCCCUCUCCCUGCUUGGGCCCAAACACGAGCUGGGCCUGCCCCACCUGCCCUCCUCCCUUCACCCCGUACACCCUGACGUCAAGCUACAGAGACUGCCCUUUUAUGACAUGCUGGAUGAGCUCAUCAAACCCACCAGCCUGGCCUCAGACAACAGUCAGCGGUUUCAAGAGACGUGUUAUGCCUUUGCACUGACACCUCAGCAGGUCCAGCAGAUCAGCAGCUCCAUGGACAUCUCUGGGACCAAGUGUGACUUUGCGGUCCAGGUUCAGUUAAGGUUUUGUUUAUCAGAGACGAGUUGUACCCAGGAGGAUCAUUUCCCGUCCAGCCUGUGUGUGAAAGUCAACAGCAAGCCCUGCAACCUCCCGGGCUACCUUCCUCCAACCAAAAACGGAGUGGAACCCAAACGGCCGAGUCGCCCCAUCAACAUCACGUCACUGGUCAGACUGUCCACCACAGUGCCCAACACUAUCGUGGUGUCGUGGACCUCAGAGAUAGGCAGGAGUUUCUCCAUGGCAGUCUACCUGGUCAGACAGCAGACAUCCACAACCCUGCUACAGAGACUACGAGCCAAAGGCAUCCGCAACCCAGACCACUCCAGGGCUCUCAUCAAAGAGAAGUUAACGGCUGACCCGGACAGUGAGAUUGCGACCACCAGUCUACGAGUCUCUCUACUCUGUCCGCUGGGGAAGAUGCGUCUGAUGAUCCCGUGCAGAGCGUUGACGUGUUCCCACCUCCAGUGUUUCGACGCUACGCUGUACAUCCAGAUGAAUGAGAAGAAACCCACGUGGGUGUGUCCUGUCUGUGAUCAGAAGGCCCCCUACCAACACCUCAUCAUCGACGGGUUGUUCAUGGAGAUUCUGAACAGCUGUGAGGACUGUGACGAGAUCCAGUUUAAAGAGGACGGGAACUGGUAUCCCAUGAGGUCGAAGAAGGAGGUCACAGAGGUGUCUGCUUCAUUCAACGGGGAGGACGACUCGUGUCGGACAGUAGAAUCAGAGCCCCACAGGAACAGCUCAUCCCACAGCAGUACCAAUAAGGUGGUGGUGAUUGAUCUGACUCUGGACAGCUCUUCAGACGAUGAUCUGGACGAUGAGCCUCCUCUCAAGAGGGCCUGUCCCUCCUCCUCGCUGUCCCCUGCCUCGCCGCCUGUCAGCAAGGGAGUGUUGAACCUCCACAGCCAGGCGUCUCCAGUGGCCAGAGCUCCCAGCAUGCCUCCUGUUGAGACCAGCUACAUCCCCCCUCCACCUCCCCUCAUACAGGACUACAGCCACUACUACCACACCCCCAAUGACCUGGACCUCAACUUCUUCUCAUUCCUCCAGGGAGACAACCAUCAGCAUUACAACAUGGUGAUGGCAGCGGCGGCCUCUGCCUCAGAAGACCAUGACCUUCUCCUCAACCGCUUCCUGCCGUAUAGCUCCUCCCAGAUGUUCCUGGACCAACCAGGGACCCCCGGGGGCGGGAGCAAUGCCCUGCCAGCAGCCAAUGGGGGCAGCAACAGCGGGAGCAGCUCCAGUCUUGUUUCAUCUAAUAGUUUAAGAGAGAGGGAUGUAGAGAGGGAUGGAGAGCGGGACAGCCAGUCGAGCAGGUCUGAUGCAGCGGCAGCAGUCAUAUAUGGCUCCAUACCAGACGUGAUCUCGUUAGACUGAAGGGAGGCGGGGGAUCGUCCACACACAACGGAAAAACAACUUGAGGGAGGAAAUAGAAACGGAAAGGGACAAAUAAAUAAAAAGUAGGAGAAAACAAUGCUAUGUACAGAGAGGAAAAUUCUAUUUUCAAUUUGACUUAUUAUAUAUAAGCUCCCGACGAUGACGAUGAUGACGAUGAUGAUGAUGACGAUGAGUAACUUCAGUUGAUAUUUUUCUGUGGAUACUGAAGAUUUUUUCACGGCCUCUUCCUUCACGUGCCCCCCCCCGACCCUCCCUGACCUUUUGUACUUCGUUCUUACUGUUUUAUUUCAAUAUUCCACGGCGACGGCAUUAUUUUUGUCUCAAAACAUGUUUGGACUUGUGCUUCGGAGCGAGAAGAGGAAUCUGUCCGUUCGUUUGUUUCCUCAUCACUGUAGAGUUAUUUUUUUCCCUUUUUUGUUUUAAACGUUCAUUCUUACUGUGGUCAAUAAUAUUGUAUUUAAUUAUUUUCAAGGUAUUAUUUAUUAAUAUGCUUUUCAAGUUCUGUUGGAUCCAUGUGUGCUGUGUAAAAAUCAUUCCCUCCGUGUUGUUGAUGUCACUAGGAUCACACAGGUUAGCCUGGCUGCUGUCUGUCUGUUGUCGUGGAAUGGUAGCACUGACAGACUGGUACCCAGGCUGGUUAUAGAUCCACUACUGUGGUUUCUCUGGUUUGUGUGCUCCCUCUCUCAUCUCUUUCAUUUAGCUGAGGAAACUUUACUGCAGCGUCCAUCCUUAGUUGUUUUCACAUUAAAGAAAUAUUAUUAAAAUAGUAUUGAAAUUGGCAUCAUAGUUACACACAGCAAAUUUUCAUUAUGGGGAGGGGGACAAAAUGAUUUCAAUCCAGUGUAUUACUACGGUACCUUGUUAAAUGUAAGCACUUCUAUUUUCAUGCAGGGUGUAUCUUUGACUCAUUUUUUCACCAAGUCAUUCAAGGAAAACAAAACCCCAAGUAUAUUGAAGUUGCAUUUGGAACAGAGAACAAACUGCAUGGCUUUUCAUGCCUGCUAUCGCUGUCAGUCUCUCCUCUCUCUCCUGUCACUCACCAGAGUCCAGUAGCUCUAUAAUGUGUGGUCUGAUUUAGAGUGGUCAGUGUGACUGUGCUAGAAUGUUGAAUGCCUGACCGAGACGGUCUGUGACAGAAGCAUCACGCACCGCAUCCACACUAAAGGGCCGACCCGAACGGUACUGUGAUGGCUUGGGGAUUUUCUUUGGCUCUUUCCAGAACUUUUGUGGAUGUGGAACCAGGCCAGCCCAGUACAGCUUGGCUCAGUUAGGCCCUAUAGUGUGGAAUGGGCCAUAGUGGUUUUGAUACCAUUAUUCUGUCCUUCGUUCUAUUAGCCUUCUGUUCCCUUCCUGUGUACACAGUUAGUAUUAUUUAUUAUUUCCUCUCUUAGUUUUGGUUGAUUCAUGAUUAUGCAUUGCUAUUGUCAUGAUAUUUCUUUAGUAAUUCUAUGAUUCAUGAAUAUGCAUUGCUAUUGUCCUAUGAUAUUUCUUUAGUAAUUCUAUGAUUCAUGAAUAUGCAUUGCUAUUGUCUUAUGAUAUUUCUUUAGUAAUUAUAUGAUUCAUGAAUAUGCAUUGCUAUUGUCUUAUGAUAUUUCUUUAGUAAUUCUAUGAUUCAUGAAUAUGCAUUGCUAUUGUCUUAUGAUAUUUCUUUAGUAAUUCUAUGAUUCAUGAAUAUGCAUUGCUAUUGUCCUAUGAUAUUUCUUUAGUAAUUCUAUGAUUCAUGAAUAUGCAUUGCUAUUGUCUUAUGAUAUUUCUUUAGUGAUUAUAUGAUUCAUGAAUAUGCAUUGCUAUUGUCUUAUGAUAUUUCUUUAGUAAUUCUAUGAUUCAUGAAAAUAUGCAUUGCUAUUGUCCUAUGAUAUUUCUUUAGUAAUUAUAGGAUUCAUGCUAUUUAAAAGGUCAUUGUCGCUUGAUCUGCAUCAUUGUAACAAACCAAUUCUGUUUUAGUUUUUUUUCCUUCUGUCUGUUGUGCUAUUGAAUGAUGUCAAUAUCACAACAGAGGCUUGGAGCAUUUUGAUGGUCUCUGGGCUCUACUCUACUGUGUUGUUUGAUAAUUGUAUGAAUUAAACCGAUAGAUACAGCAAGACGACAGACAAGUAAUGGUAUGCUCUGGCCUCUGCAAGAAGUAGAGCUAGUCAAUAAAUCACUGUGUACGAGGGGUUGAAUCAAGGUGCUUUUGCAGAAGUAAUUUAUGUUCCUGUUCUUGAAUGUUCUUUGGACGUGAAGCAUGUUUUUUGUGCAACUGUCUUUUCUUGAAUGCAGCCUAUUCAUAUGAUGGAGUCGCGAUGACGAUACGUUUUGUUGACCUUUACUGUUUUGAAUGAGCUUGGCGAU